AUGGCUUCUUCUUUUCCUCUUUACCAGCCAACACACACCAUAUUCUCCAACACCCAGUUCAAGGGCUCGCGCGGUGGCUUCUUCUGGCGAACCUCUUACUCCUUUGGCUCUCUUACUGAAAACAAAGCUCGACCCAUCAAAUCUUCCGUCGCUACAUCCCCAUUUCCCCUGUUUCAGCCUCCCCAUGUUGAAGAAGAGUCAUCGUCUGAGUUGGAACCUGUGGAUCCUGAUUUCUAUAAGAUCGGUUAUGUCCGAAGCAUGCGAGCUUAUGGCGUUCAAUUUAAAGAAGGACCAGAUGGUUUUGGUGUAUAUGCUUCCAAGGAUGUAGAGCCUCUUCGCCGAGCAAGGCUGUCCACGAAUGAUUUCCCUAAUGAUGAAGUUGGGCAGGUUAUAAUGGAAAUUCCCCUUGAAUUGAUGUUAACCAUAAGCAAGAAACUCCCAUGGAUGUUUUUCCCUGAUAUAAUUCCUUUGGAUCAUCCAAUAUUUGAUAUUAUCAACUCGACAAAUCCAGAGACAGAUUGGGACCUAAGAUUAGCAUGCCUUCUUUUAUUCGCAUUUGACUGUGAAGGCAACUUCUGGCAAUUGUACGGCGACUUCUUACCGAGUGCAGAUGAGUGCACUAACCUACUUCUAGCUUCAGAGGAGGAACUUUUGGAGCUACAAGAUCCCAAUCUUGCUUCCACAAUUAGAAAACAGCAACAACGAGCCUUAGAAUUCUGGCAGAAUAACUGGCACAGUGAUGUACCCCUUAAAAUAAAGCGUCUUGCUCGUGAUCCUCAGAGAUUUAUUUGGGCAGUAAGUAUUGCACAGUCACGAUGUAUUAACAUGCAAACGAGAAUUGGUGCUCUAACUCAAGAAGCAAACAUGCUGAUUCCUUAUGCUGAUAUGUUGAACCAUUCAUUUGAGCCAAAUUGUUUUUUCCAUUGGCGUUUUAAGGAUAGGAUGCUUGAGGUUCUUAUAAAUGCUGGGCAGCGCAUAAGAAAGGGGGAUGAGAUGACAGUUAAUUACAUGAGUUCGCAGAAGAACGACAUGUACAUGCAAAGAUAUGGAUUUUCAUCACCUGUGAUUCACACAAAUGCUCGUAAGAUAGAUACUCUUGAAGUCAGCCUCAUUGGAGGUUUAACUGCCACAACAAAAUCUGUUCAUAAGUGA